AUGGCGGCCGGCGGAGAAUGGUGUUUGAUUGAAAGCGAUCCUGGUGUUUUUACCGAACUAAUCCGUGGUUUUGGUAGGCAUUAUUAUUCUGAAAACCUUUUAUCGCGACACAAUUUAUUCAGAACAAUUUCUUCGCAUUGCACGUUGUGAAUGCCCCUCUAUUCUAUCGUGAUAGUUACGACAUCCGGUUUCAUAGACAUCAGACACCGAAUAUUAGAUGGCCCUAAUUGCUUGAUUUUCCUUCCUCAAGUCAUACAAGAACUUCCAGAAUUUUUUAUUUUAGGGCAUUCAACCAAGUUAGCAUGGGUGCAUUUUUCGUUAUUCAAAUAGUUGUCUUAAAUUAUCGAAACCAAAACUAGUACAAAAACAGGUACACGUGCUGCGUUUAAAAGUGGACCUUGUGCGCAUGCACUGAAAACCCAGCGGAUGGAGGAAGUUGAAGGGAGGAGCAAAAGAUGGGUAUACAUUUCAACAAAAAUAAUGUUGGCCAAGUUCAUUGGUUGGUAAAGCAUGUAUUGAUCAGACGUGGGAAAUAAAAAAAAGAACUUUGGCUCAGCUGUAACAAAUAAGUAGCCCAGUAGGGGUUGGGAGAAGGGUACUUGACACCUGGGGAGGGAGGGGCACUACCAAAUAUGGGCCAUGCUGAUGAGCCCCAACAAGGUAUGUCCAUGUGCUGCCUGAAGGCUAUGGUUUUCCAUACCACAGUUUAGUCUGACCAUUGAUUCAGAUGGGUUAAAGAAAUGCCCUGCUGUGAAGGGUAUGGUUUUCAAGCAGUUUAGUCUAAGAUAGGGUAUAGAAAUCGGCAAGUUUGGGUCUUAAAUUGGGUAUCAUUUUCCAGGAAACUGAUUCAAUUGGUUGAAAUUUUUUUGUCUAGACUAGGGGAACUGGAAAUUCACACACUCAAAAAAUAAAAUUGGCAAAUUUGAAUUUUAACCACUUACUUUAACAGCAAGGAAGACAUCCACCACAGUAGUUUCUGGAAAAUAGAGACUCUAGGAUAAGGAGGCAUUCUGGAAAUUUAGUCUUCUACAGGGUAACAAAAUUCAGAUGAACAAAGUCUGGCUAGGGUAAGGGUUCUGCCCCUCCCCCACUCCCCUUGGGGACUCAGGAUAGUAUGGGUAGGUAGUUACAGAAACAAUCCAUUUUCUAAUAUCUCUUCCUUUGUUUUGGAGUUGUCUGAUAUUUUUUAAGAUCCCAGCCACUUUAAUAGCACUUUUCGUCAAGGGCUGCAAUCAACAUGGUCACUGUGUGUUCAUUUUUUUUAAAAUGUAAGCCAAAGUAUUGACUUUGAAGUAAUGAAAAGAUAGCAUGUUUCUAUGUUUAGUUAGUGUAAAAGCUAUUUGAAGGGGAGCAGAGGCUGCAAGAUACUUUUAAAAUGCCAGAAUACACUGUUCAUAAAAACACAACAUUUUUUUCAAAUGACGAAACCCAAGGCUAUGGACACAAAAUAAUAAUUUAGGCUCGACUGGCCAUACUUCUUCCAGCGAUAUUUUAGGCUUGAAAGUUUUAAGGUAAAUUUUUGAUUUGUUUUGUUUAGGUUGUUCUGGUGUACAGGUGGAGGAGAUCUACAGUCUUGAUGAAGUGUCACUGGAAGAUUUAAGGUUAAUAACACCCUGCUCUUCUGGUGUUUCCUUUAUUCUGUUUUUAAAAAUCCUGCUAGCUAACUAACUUAUGAAACAAUGAAUAUCUGAACUUCAUAUAAAUUUAUUAGAACUGCUGGAUAAAAUAAAGAAAUAAAUGUAAAAAAGAUCAUGAUCGCAGUUGAAGAUGCAACUUAUGCAGUUGUGAAAAGAACACCUGAAAGCCUCGAAGACUGACCUCUGCAAUACCGGUGAAACACUCUAACCAACUGAGCUAGCCAGCCAGCUUGCAGAUGGUCUUUAAAUUGGCACUUUACCAGUAAUUUGUUUCGAAGCACUUUCUCUAUUCUGUUUAUAAGCCUACUCAGAUACAAACUCCUCCAUUUAAAAGCCUCACUAAACUCCCUUACAAAGAACUGUAAGCCAAGGGCUCAAAAGCGGCAGUUUAUGGUAUGAUAGCAUUAUAGUUUGGCCUUAAGUUGUGUUCAUUCUUUGAUUCAUUCUUGCCUCUCUUUUACUUGUGACAUUUCCAGACCUGUUCAUGGCCUUAUAUUUCUGUUCAAAUGGAAGCCCGGGGAAGAGCCAGCUGGACCCAUUGUACAUGAGAGCAGGUCUCUUGGAAUAUUCUUUGCUAAACAGGCAAGUUGAACAAUUUUACAAGCAUUAUAUCCCUAAAGCCCCAAGAUCCACAAACAAAUUCUCAAGACCGAUCUCCAUACAUUUCUUUUAAGAAUAGUGGAGAGAAUUUGGUUUAAGAUCAAAGUAUUCUCAGACCCUUGGUAAUCAAUUAAGUAAUUCUCAUAACCUUUACUCUUGAUGAUCUGUUGAUGUUGUUAGGAGAAAAUUAAUGUUGGUCACUCUUGGGACCAAAAGGCUUGCAAGCCAAACGUUGGCCAAUCAAAGUUCUAAGAAAGGGAAUUUCAGACCCAUUCUGGUGCCAUUCUUAUAAUAAGUGAAAUACCUAUACAUUUUGGCUUUGUCACAUGACAUAGGAUAAGGCAAAUUUAUUUAAUAUGACAACAGUUGAGACCAGCUUGUUUUAUUCAAACAAGUUGACAUAGACUUUGGGGCUUGAUAUGAAUGCUUUGUAUAUCAUGUUAGAUACAGUGCAUUUUUUAUUUUUAUUUCAUUUUUUAGGUCAUAACCAAUGCCUGUGCAACUCAAGCCAUUCUAAGUGUCCUUCUUAACUGCAAUCACCCAGACUUGGACCUAGGACAUACACUAUCAAGUUUCAAAGACUUUUCAGCAACAUUUGAUUCAUCCGUAAGUUCACGAUACGGUGGAAACUCAAUAUAACAAACAGCCAAGACACUGGCAAAAUUUGUUCACUAUAAUGAGGUUUUCGUUAUCCCCAGGUUCUUUUCCAUAUACAGUGGAACCCCAUUAAAGCAAACAUAUUUUGUCCAAAAAAAACUGGCCCUUUUGUUGUAUUGAGGUUCCACAGUACACCCAUACUCAAGUUUCUGGUUGUUAAGGCCCUGUUAGGGUAAAAUUCCAACAAAAAGCAGUUGCAGAUUCAGGGGAUCAUACAAAGGGGUGGCCCCUUUUUCACUGUAUCUGACUAUUACUGGGUUAAACAAAAUCAUUUCUUAUACCGAGGAAUUUGUUAUAUAGAGAUUCGUUAUAGUGAGAUUCCAAGGUCCUGUUAGGGUAAAAUUCCAACAAUAAGUUUACAUGGCUUGAAACAGUGAAAUAAGAGUAAAGACAGCUGAAAUGGUGACAAACAAUGUAAAGAUUAGUUGAAAAGUGCAACAGUGACAAAGAAAAGUGCAAAUAUAGUUGAGCCUCUCUACAAUGGCCACCUUGGGGAUGGAAGAAAGUAUCCGUUGUAAAGAGGUGGCCAUUGUAGAAAAGUCAAUGUAUGGAUUUUCUGUUCAUCAGGACGAAAAAAAGGUGGCCAUUGUAGAGAGGCGCCUGGCUGUUAGCAGAGGUUCAACUGUAACGUAGUUAAAAUACCAACAGGGACAUGUUUUUCUACCCAAUAUGUGAAAUGACACGUUUUGAAAUUUAGACUAGGGUCAUACAUACCCCCGUUCCCCUCUAAGAGACCGUCAUUGAUUUUGAACAAAUUACAUUAAUUGACUUAUUUGAUGCAAAUUAAGUAGCAAUAAACUUCAAAUCUCUUAUUGUCAACAGCUAAAAGGAUUGAGCCUCAGUAACUCUGAUGUUAUCAGACAAGUGCACAAUGGUUUUGCCAGGUUUGAUUUAUUUUUAGCUUUUAAAAAAGAGUUAUUUCUUACCAUCAAUAAAAGUUUAAAUCUAUCCAAGUUUGUUUAAUUUCUUUAUUGAAGUUAUUCACUUCCAUGCUUCUACUGACAUUUUCAGACAGCAAAUGUUUGAGUUUGAUGCUAAACUGCCACAAAAAGAUGAGAAUGUGUAUCACUUUGUGGCUUAUGUUCCACUGCACGGCAAACUAUAUGAACUGGAUGGAUUAAGAGAUGGGCCUAUUGAUCUUGGUAAUAAAGCACAAUGUUAUUGUUAGGUGUAAAUUUGCAAUGGAAUGUAUAUGAACGAAUUAAAUUUUAAAGUUAUUGUAUCUUGUCUACCAUUUAAAUUAUUGGUCAUAAACUGGUUCUUGCAUCACAAGCUCAGUCAGGCUUACAGGAGAAAAAUUUGCGAUAGAUCUCCCCAACAUUUUAGAAUUUCAGAUGCAGAAUACAUUGUAUGAGUAUCUAUUGUAAGCUUGAUAUGCAGGCAUUUUGUUACUAAAUUACAGGAGUUACACCAACUUUGUUUGAAAAAGGUUAAAAAUUCACUUGUGGCGUCUUUGUAUAAAAAGCCCUUGGAAUAACAUUUUUUCCCAGUCUUUCUCUUCACUUGUCAACCUGAUUGCCAGCACCACUUUCCAUCUAAUACACUCAUUGUAGAAAACACUGCUUAUUAGGUACAGUUGUUAUGACAUGUGAAAAUUAAAUUACUUAUAUCUUGAUAGGGCCAUGUACUCCAGAAAACUGGCUUGGUGUCUGUAAACCCAUUAUAGAAGCAAGAAUGCAGAAGUAAGUACCUUUGCAUAUCCAUGUAUUGUGUCAGUAAUGUCCAAAAAUAAUUGAGUAGGUAAUAAGGGACAACGUUACUCUGCAAAAAUGGCAGAUAAGAUUCUUUUUGCAGACUGAGAAAUUUGUGGGUCUCGAAUCCCUGAUUAAAUUAGAAUUUGGAAAUGUGAUAAUUUUUUAUUGAGGGAGGAAAGCUGUAGAGAACCUUUCGAGGUCCUCAGAGCUGGUUAACACUUAGCUCACAUAGUGAAUGGAUUCAGUGUCAAAAUCAUAAGCUUUACCUAGUAAGGCAUACAGUGUGCAAGUCCAAAGAGUGACCAACAUCAAUUUUCUCCUGACUAUAUCAAUGCAUAAUCAAAAGAAGAGGUCAUGAGAAUCAAUGAAAUGAUCACCAAAGGGAAAAUAUUUUGAUCUUUUAUCAAAUUUUCUCAUUUCAUUCUUUAACAAAAUGUAUGGAGAACAGACUGGAGAAUUUGUAUCUGGAUAUUGAGGCUUGUUUUACAACAUAAUUUGAAUUUUCCAGUCUUUUCAAAGUUUCAAAGUCUUGUUAAUUUUGCUUCUCUUAAAUCUCAAUGUUUUCCCUGGCUCUGUCUCGGGAAACAGGGUGAUUCUGAGAAAACAAAACCAGUCAUAAAGUUUUUAUUAUUGUAACAAUAGCUUGUAUUUUAAACCUUUUCUUUUUUCAGAUACUCAGCAGAGGAGAUUCAUUUUAACCUUAUGGCCAUCGUUUCAUCAAGAAAGGCUAUUCACCUUAAAGAUAUUGAUAGAUUGAACCAGAAAAGAACUCAGAUUUUAGACAAUGUAUGUAUUUUCAAGUAUUCUGACAGUGACAAAAUUUUAUCCAAAAGAUCAAGUGUUGUGUUGCAGGCUCUAAAUUGCAGAGCCUUUGUAGUUAGUGUAGACGAUGCAGCUUCUCUGGUACAAGGAUAUGUUACAGGUCAAAUUUGAUUUCAGGUUAAUUUUGAUUUAACCAAGGUUGAUUCUCAAUUUCCUUUGUUUCCUAGCACUAAUUCAUGAAUAAUUAGGGCUAAGAGACAAAGGAAAUAAUGCGAAAAUAAAAAAAAAAUGAUAUCAUCCAAAUUAAAAGUAGUUCAAGUAUAGGUGCUUUCUCUUUAUAGUCUGUUUAAAAGCCCCACUCUCAUCCAAUAUGCUUUUUGACUAAAGUGGUGCAGCUUUCAAAUAUGCAAUCCUUUCUUCAGCAUUGGAAUGCAGUCCUUGUAUUUUUAAUUCUUGACUUUGUCCAACCCAGCCAAUUACUAAUUGCAUUUGUAUAUAUUUUUUAUCAAAAUGACAUUUUCUCUCAAUGUUUUUGUUUUUGUAGCUGGAGCAAUUGAAAAGUCAAUCUUCAAAAGAGGUGUGAAAAUAUAAGUAUUCUAUUCAGUGGUUUGCCAUUAUAAUUAUUAAUUUGGUAAACUCUCGUAAUUCACUUGUUUGUAUCAUGUUGUUGUUAGGGUGCUGACGCCAUGGAGACAGAUCAAGUAACGUCAGAGAAUGAACUUCAAUCUGUGAUGAAGAAUAUUGACAGUGAGAUCUCACGUCUGCAGACACUCAUCGCCGGUGAAGAUGAUAAAAUGCUUCGGUACAAGGUAAGCUUUGGGGUAUGAUUAACCUGUGCCAGGCUUUCAGAUGGGAGGGACGUCGCGCAAAAAAGAUGAGGCGAAAGUAAAACGCCCGUCAUCUGGGAAAAGGGGCGAUAAAGCUAUAAGAAAAUAUUACAAUCAACCUGUUCAAAAUCUGGUUUGCAACAAAGUGGACUUACACGGAAACCGACCUGUUCAGAGUUAAUAAAAACCAAAAAAAAGAGAAGACAUCUAGACUUGUUGGUUUUUCUAUUCUUAUUUUUUGGUUGUUGCGGUCACUGUUGUUGUUCUUUACUUUAACUGCACAUUCUAGGCAUACUAGCUUUUGUCGCCAAAAGAUAUUGAUCAUCUUGAUGAGUGCUUGUAUCAUCAGUUAAUCCGCCAUCAAAAUAGGCGUUGUAUAAAAAUUGUAUUACAGGUAGAGCAAAAGGAAAAUUGCAGUUUCACUUUCAGCGACAUAAUUGCCAUAAAAUUUUUAAAUACUUCUAUGUUUGUUUACAGGUUGAAAACAUCAGAAGAAAACACAACUAUCUGCCUCUGAUAAUGGAACUUUUGAAAGUCUUGGCCAAGCAAGGAAAUCUGGUGCCUUUAGUGGAAAAAGUACGGAGGUCCUACUUACUUUUACCUGCUUGA